GGAGGUAGGGAGGAAAGGCGUGUUGGCGUCUUUUUUAACCCUGAAGUCAGUGAAGCCCUCUGCUGACACAGACUUUGGCUAAUGGUCAAAUAAUAGCAGAGGUAAUUGCCCCUAUUUUUUUUUUUUUUUUCCCCCAAAAGAGCAUUGGCUGGUUGAUCAUUAACAGAGUCAAGCCGAUCGAGCAACCCACCACGGCUGUUUUUCUCUGUACAAUCCUUGUGCUUGUAGUGGACUAACAGGAAGAUGGUUGAGGAUCUGAAAAGAAAGCUGCUCAUUUGUCUUGCUGUUCUCUUGCUGCUCAGCUCAGCACAAGCAGGGAACAGGGACAGACUCUCAGGGCAUCACUGCACAGACUUCCAGACAGCAAAUUUCCUACGGGGCAGUAAACUUAAGGUCCAGUUUAUCCUGUUCACCUCUGCAAGCCCCAACUGCGGGGAGCUGAUUUUAAUUGAUGAUGACAUCCAGAACUCCACCUUCAAUACCAGCCUAGAAACCAAGAUCAUAAUCCAUGGCUUCAGGGCUUUGGGUACCAAACCUUCCUGGAUUGAAGAGCUUGUCCAUGCCAUACUGCACACGAGCCAGGUGAAUGUGAUUGCCGUAGACUGGGUUUAUGGGUCUACAGGAGCCUAUGCCUCUGCAGUGGAAAACGUCCCAGAGCUGGCCCUCUCCAUCUCACAGUUCAUCAGCAAGCUACUGGCCUUGGGAGUCUCAGGGACAUCGAUCCACAUCAUUGGAGUAAGCCUCGGUGCACACGUUGGGGGCCUGGUGGGGCACUUCCAUGGUGGCCAGCUGGGACGGAUAACAGGCCUGGAUCCCGCAGGCCCUAAAUUCACCAGAGCCAGCCCUGAGGAGCGCCUGGACCCUGGGGAUGCCCUCUUUGUGGAGGCCAUUCAUACCGAUGCUGAUAAUUUUGGGAUCCGGAUUCCUGUAGGCCACAUCGAUUAUUUCGUCAAUGGAGGCAAAGAUCAACCAGGAUGCCCCCGAUUCAUCUCUGCAGGCUAUAAGUUUCUGAUCUGUGAUCACAUGAGGGCAGUACAUCUCUAUGUCAGUGCCUUGAAACAUUCCUGUCCAGUCGUGGCAUUCCCCUGUGCAAGUCAUCAAGAUUUUUUAAAUGGUCAUUGCCUGGAUUGUGCUGACCCCUUCCUGUUCUCCUGUCCCAGAAUAGGCCUGCUGGAGCAGGCAGGUCUCAACAUGAGAAGGCUGCCCAAGGAAGUGAAAGUUUAUUUAAAGACCGGCCCCUCAGCCCCAUUCUGUGUCCAUCAUAGCCUGGUUGAGUUCCACUUGCAGAAGAAAAGAAACAUAGUCACCAGCAUUGAGAUAACUUUCUGCAGCAACAGCACCAGGGACACAGCGAAGAUCACCAUACCUAAGCACAAGGAGAUGGGAAGGCGGCUACUGGCCCAUAGAGUUCCCCUCUGCCAGAUAAACAGCGUGACACUGAAGUAUCUUCCCAGGAAUCUGUUCUGGAGGAAGGACGAAUCAUCCAUUGUUGGCAAGUUCUGUGCAGCCCUGCUGCCCCUUGAUAGCAACAGGACAACGUUAUGCCUGCCUUGGAAUGUCACCCUCCCUGGCAAGACAGAGAUCUCCUAUGAGCUGCCUGCUGCUUGUGCUUAGCACUGCAUUGGGAGCAUGCAGACGUACCCAAAACUGAAAAGGAGUACUAAGCCUAUUGCUAUCUCUGCUCACAGAUGGUACUUUCACCAUAAAACUGGAUGAGUUUUUCACUUGCUGCAUUAGGGACAGGAUGUCAAGGAAGAGUGUAGCAGAUCGGUGAGUAUGAGAUUGACUGACCACAUCAAGACACCUAAAUUAAAAGUCUGGAUUAAGACUUUUACAGAUUCUGUACCCAGCUCUGAAAGUGAUAUGGGCAAGUCAUUUAAUUGCAAAGUUUGAAUCUGUAUGAAAGAAGAUAAUAUUGCUCUUCCUACAACAGGAGUAUUGAGAUGAUUCAUUUGUGGUUUAUAUUAAAGCGUCCUGAGUACUUCAUAUUAAAGGUGAGAAGUAUUAUUUUUCCUCCUUAAGGGGAAACUGUGUGGUUCAGGUUUGGCACAGGAAGGAGUCUUUCUUAGCCAAUGCUCCAGUGGGAAACUCACUAGUUCAGUCUACAAGACACUUUCAGAGUGAGACCCUAUGGAUUUCAUGUUAGUGCUCCUGCUAAAUAAUCAGAAUUAAUCUCUUGCCUGUGACAUUCGCCAAUUUCCAGUCAACUGGGACCUUUCUGAUUAGCCAGGACUGAUGAGAAAUAAUGAAAAGUGUCUUCGUGAGCACCUCUGCCAGCUCCCUCAGUACCCAGUUUCCCAUCUGGCCCCAUAGACUUAUGUGUGUCUAAGCAGUGUAGCAGGUGGCUAACCACUUCCCCUUAUAUUAUUGGGGCUUCACUGUGCUCCCCAUCCCUGUCUUCUGGCUCAUGGGGGUGUGUACCUGGAGCAUGCCUGGUCUUACUUUUAAAGACUGAGGCAAAGAAGGCAUUUAGGACCUCAGCCUUUCCCUCAUCCUCCAUUACUAUGUUCCUCCCCCCAGCAUCCACCAAAGGGUGGACAUUCUCCUUAGCCCUCCUUUUGUUGCUGAUGUAUUUCUAGGAGCAUUUUUGGCUCCCUUUUACAGCAGUACCCAGGCUCAGCCCUAGUUGAGCUUUGGCCUUUCUACUUUUCUCCCUGCAUAACUUCACACCAUCCUUGUAAUCCUCCUGAGUAGCCUGCCUCUUCUUCCAAAGAUUAUAAAUUCUCCUUUUAGCACCGAGUUCCAGACAAAGCUCUGUAUUCAGCCAGGCUGGUCUUCUUCCUUGCCAGCUCAUCUUUCGGCACACAGGAACAGCCUGCUCCUGUGCCUAUAAGAUUUCUUUCUUAAGGGGCAACCAGCCUUCGUGGACUCCUUUGUCCUUCAGGACUGCCUCCCAAGGGACUCUGCUAACCAGCCUCCUAAACAGAUCAGUGUCUGCCAUUUGGAAGUCCAAAGCAGCAGUUCUGCUGACUGCCCUCCUUACUUCUCCAAGAACAGAAAACUUGAUCAUUUCAUGAUUGCUAUGCCCAAAGUGACCUUCAACCGACAUGUUACCCAUGUGUCCUUGUCUAUUCACAAGCAACAGGUCCAGUGGAGUGCCUUCCCUAGUUGGCUCACUGACCAGUUGUGUCAGGAAGUUGUCUUCCAUGCACCCCAUAAGUCUCCUGCUCUGUUUCCUCUCUGCUGUGCUGUAUUUCCAGCAGACAUUUGGUAAGCUGAAAUCCCCCACUGUUGUCCCAAAACCUGGGUUCCUUAGCCAGUGUGCAUACAAAUAAGCCAAGGUUAGCACACAGAGACAAGAUACUGCUUAUUACAGAGCUGGGCAAGUCUGUGUGCUAGAAGAAAGCCAACAUACCAGAAAGAAAAGUAGCAGGCAUUAUAUACAAAAUCUUAUCACUACUCAGGGCAGUCCUAAAGAGCUAAUUGGCUACAGAUUUGCAUGUUGCAUUACAUAAAGCUUUAAGUGUAUAAAGAGCAAUGUUCAACUAAAGGACACUCUAUCCAACAGUCUCGAGAUAUGUGUUAAAGCAGGUCUCAACUAAUUGUGCAGACUUCAAAAUGUCUAAAGCUGCAAGGUCAGUAGUGUCUGUAGUUUGUGACUAGGUGUUUUGCAAGUUGCUCUCAUCCUGGUCAGACUGACCUGAAACUGAAAAGAUUUGCAUAUCCUUAGGUUAGCAUUUGUCAGGAUUCGUUCUUUUAAGUGCUAAUAACAACAAUUCCCCACCUUUGGGGACUUAUUUGUAUACAUCUAUAUAUCAAAUAAGUCUCACCUUUUCUAAAGUCUUUUAGUGACUGCAACACAACACUUCAUCACACAUUGCAACAGAGCAUACAAAUUUAAUAAUUGCUAAUACAAUAAUGACAAUCAAUUUCUUAACAUACGUUCGUAAAUCAGGAAUCCAGGAUAUCAAUUAUGUCCAAAAUUCUUGAAAUCCGUAAGAUGUGUUGUUUUUCUGUAGCUCAUGUAAAAUGGUAGUAUGUUUCUAGAUCUCCAACUCAGUAGUUUUUAUUUUAGAUUGAUCAACAUUCAAAUGAAGUGUUUUCCCGAAAGUGGUCCCAAGAUAUGUUAAUAGGAAGGGGUAUUCCUAAUACAGGAACCCCUUUAUUUGAAUUUUCCAGGAAAUGUGUGCCUACUCAGCAACUAGUCUUGGCAGCUAUCUCCAUGGUCUUCUGGAUCAUCAUAAAAUGUACAUUUUGGGUCUAUGGAUUCUCAUGAUUUGUAUGUGAACUUACUAUACCAUAUAACAGGCAAAGAUUUAUGUAACUGUAAAAUGUUUAAACAAAUAUCUACAAAGAAACCAGGCUAAUAUUAAUGCUACAAUCAAUACUAAUAAACAUGUGGUUGGUUGUGUUUUGGUGUUAUCCGGCCCUGUGUGGGCAGCUCUGCUCUCUAGCCAUCCAGUUUAAUGAACUGACACUUCUUCCCAGCAUCCCAAAGUUCUUAGGCCUUGAAGCCAGCUUCUCACACAUGCAUCAUCUCUGUUUAGACAGUAACGUCUUGUAAGGGG